CGUAGAUCAAACAAACGUAGAUAAAGCAUCGCUGCACACGUGCUGCGGUUUCCAGGGGUUGCGCGCAAAUAAACGAUGCGUAGAAUUAAGAAGGCGGGUUCCGCUGUGUGCGUGGCCGCGGCGCUCCUUCUCCUCCCGCUGUCCUGUUUGCUCCAAACGGCGGAGGGUCUCCGCUUGAGGAAAACGGAGAGACGAGCGGCGCAGCGAGAGCCCGGGCCCCGCGCCUAUACGGGCGCUCAGGAGGGACAAAUCAUCUUUGGGGAAAUUUCCGAGAAGGUCACAGAUAAAAGCAAGAAAAUUUCAAACGCUUCUGCAGAUGAUGAAGCGGCUUACCAAGCAGAUUUUCCAGGAUGGUCUAAGGUAGCUGUCCAGGAUCCAGCAUCCAAAGACAAGUGGAACCAAAUGGCAACAUCCCUGGAUUGUUUUGGGGACCACAUGAAGUUCAGAUCACUUGGUCCAGGUGCUUCACAAUUUGAAGUUGAGCAAGCAAAUAAACAAUCUUUACCGCUGGCCAUGGUACCCCAAGGAUGUGGCUACAACAUGCUUGGAAACUCCGUGUCAUUUGUUUUGAUUGUUCCUUACAGUGGUUGCCAUAUGCUUCAUCAGGGUGGAGGUUACAAGCUGCCACUGCGCUGGAAGGGGCAUCCACUAUCACUUCUGUGUCCAAAAAGAGCAGCGACUUUUCUGUCAAAUCUCUUCCAUAACUGGGCUCAUAAACAUCUCUGGCCUCGUAAGCAUUAUUGGCCUCAUAUGCACCACUUGCAUUUUGUGCCACCAGUUUUGCCCCAACCUCUAGAUCAGGUUCAGAGCUUGCCUCCAGUUUGGCCUCCGAACCCUCAGAUUCAAGUCCUACCACCAAACGUCCCUCAGCCUCAAGACUUUCAGGUUCAGAGCUUUCCACCAGUUUGGCCUCAGAAUCCUCAAAUUCCUGUCCUACCACCAAACGUCCCUCAACCUCAAGAUCAUCAGGUUCAGAGAUUUCCACCAGUUUGGCCUCAGAACCCCCAGAUUCAAGUCUUGCCACCAAAUGUCCCUCAACCUCAAGAUCAUCAGGUUCAGAGAUUUCCUCCAGUUUGGCCUCAGAAUCCUCAGAUUCAGGUCCUAUCACCAAACUUCCCCCAGGCCCAGGAUCCCCUGGUUCAGGUCUUGCCACCAAAUGAUCCUCAGAGUCAUUCUCUUCCACCAGUUCGUCCUCUUACCCAGGAUCCUCAGAUUCAGGUCUUGCCCCCAAACCUUCCCCAACCUCAAGAGCCGCAAGUUUUACCACCAGCUCCAGACCAAAACAAAAUUCAGUUUCCAUCAUUGUUUUAUGACCUGCCUCAGGUUCCGGUUCCACCUCAGAACCCUCAAGUUAACAUUCCUCCACCAGUUCACAACCUACCUCAAAGUAACUUCUUUCCUUAUCAGUAUCUCCCUUACUUCUAUGGCACAGCGGCUGAUCCAGAAAAGUAUCCAAAGUAUCCACCUUACCCUUAUGUCCAGUUCUCUUUUGGCCAAACUCCAGCCGCAGCACCAGAUACAACUGAAGCACCAAAAGUAAAGCCUAGCCAAGAUACUUUCUUCUCACAUUUCCCCUGGUCCUACGGCCAUCACUUCUCGGACUUGACUCAACAAGCUCAAUAUCCAGAAGCAAAGACGACAUCGCCUCCUACAACUACGACUCAGACUCCAAAAAAUGUUCCCUUACAGUUUUAUGCUCCUGACAAUCUGCCUUUUUUUCCAUUUGAGCAUCUACCGUUUUCCCAGAUGUAUCCAUAUUUCCUAGGCUGAUCUGAAAGGACUACAAUAAAUGUUUUGAAUAACA